UCUUGAUAUUUCAAUGCCCUCGCUCUUCAUCUUCUUCAACCAUCUUCCUUUCCAAUCCUCCGUCAACCAAACUCAAUCCUCACCUGUGUGGCCUCUUCACUUGAAGAGUAAUUCCUUGAUACCCCCAAAUAGCCGUCCCUUACUUGUUGCCCGACCCCACGCAUUUUCCUCUUCCACGCCGCCAAUAUGUCUGAGACUUUCGAGUUCCAGGCUGAGAUCUCUCAGCUACUCUCCCUCAUCAUCAACACCGUCUACUCCAACAAAGAAAUCUUCUUGCGCGAGUUGGUGUCCAACGCAUCUGAUGCUUUGGACAAGAUCAGAUAUGAGGCUCUGUCUGACCCCAGCAAGCUCGAUGCGGAGAAGGACCUCCGUAUCGACAUCAUCCCCGACAAGGAGAACAAGACCUUGACAAUCAAGGAUACCGGUAUCGGUAUGACUAAAGCUGACCUCGUCAACAACCUUGGAACAAUCGCCCGCUCUGGUACCAAGCAAUUCAUGGAAGCUCUCACCGCAGGUGCUGAUGUGUCCAUGAUUGGUCAGUUUGGUGUUGGUUUCUACUCUGCCUACCUAGUUGCCGACCGCGUCGUCGUUAUCUCUAAGCACAACGAUGAUGAACAAUACAUCUGGGAGUCGUCAGCCGGUGGUACCUUCAGCGUUCGCCCUGACACAGAAGGCGAGCCCCUGAAGCGUGGUACUAAGAUGAUCCUCCACCUCAAGGAUGAGCAGUCUGAAUACCUCAACGAAAGCAAGAUCAAGGAAGUCAUCAAGAAGCACUCCGAGUUCAUUUCUUACCCCAUCUACCUUCACGUCACCAAGGAGACUGAGAAAGAGGUUCCUGAUGAGGAUGCUGAGGAGGUUGAGGCUGACGAUGACAAGAAGCCCAAGAUUGAAGAGGUCGACGACGAAGAAGAGGAGAAGGAGAAGAAGCCCAAGACCAAGAAGGUCAAGGAGACUUCCAUUGAAGAAGAAGAGCUCAACAAGCAAAAGCCCAUCUGGACUCGUAACCCUCAAGACAUUACCCAGGAAGAGUAUGCUGCUUUCUACAAGUCUCUUUCCAACGACUGGGAGGAUCACCUUGCUGUCAAGCACUUCUCCGUUGAGGGUCAACUCGAGUUCCGUGCCAUCCUUUUCGUUCCCAAGCGCGCUCCUUUUGACCUCUUCGAGACCAAGAAGACCAAGAACAACAUUAAGCUUUACGUCCGCCGUGUCUUCAUUACCGACGAUGCCACUGAUCUCAUCCCUGAGUGGCUCAGCUUUAUCAAGGGUGUUGUCGACUCUGAGGAUCUGCCUCUUAACCUGUCCCGUGAGACCCUCCAGCAGAACAAGAUUAUGAAGGUCAUCAAGAAGAACAUCGUCAAGAAGGCCCUCGAGCUCUUCAACGAAAUUGCUGAGGACAAGGAGCAGUUCGAUAAGUUCUACAGCGCCUUCUCCAAGAACUUGAAGCUCGGUAUCCACGAGGACUCGCAGAAUCGCCAGAUUCUGGCUAAGCUGCUGCGAUUCAACUCAACCAAGUCCGGAGAUGAGCUGACUUCGCUCUCCGACUACGUCACUCGCAUGGCCGAGCACCAGAAGAACAUCUACUACAUUACUGGCGAAUCUCUUAAGGCGGUCCAGAAGUCUCCUUUCUUGGAUGCCCUCAAGGAGAAGAACUUCGAGGUUCUCUUCCUUGUUGACCCCAUCGACGAGUACGCUAUGACUCAGCUCAAGGAAUUCGAGAACAAGAAGCUUGUUGAUAUCACCAAGGACUUCGAUCUUGAGGAGACAGAGGAGGAGAAGAAGACUCGAGAGGCUGAGGAGAAGGAGUACGAAGAGCUGACCAAGUCCUUGAAGAACGUUCUUGGCGACAAGGUCGAGAAGGUCGUCGUCUCUCACAAGCUUGUCGGAUCACCUUGCGCCAUCCGAACUGGCCAGUUCGGCUGGUCUGCAAAUAUGGAGCGUAUCAUGAAGGCCCAGGCUCUCCGUGACACCUCGAUGAGCAGCUACAUGAGCUCGAAGAAGACCUUCGAGAUCUCACCCAAGUCUGCCAUCAUCAAGGAGCUCAAGAAGAAGGUUGAAGCUGAUGGUGAGAACGACAAGACUGUCAAGUCAAUUGUUCAGCUUCUCUUCGAGACUUCCCUAUUGGUUUCUGGCUUCACCAUCGACGAGCCUGCUGGAUUCGCCGAGCGCAUCCACAAGCUUGUGUCUCUCGGCCUGAACCUCGAGGAGGAGGCUGAGGUUGUUGAGGAGGCGCCAUCUGCUGACACGGUCGCCGCCGAGACUGGCGACAGCGCCAUGGAGGAGGUUGACUAAACGCAUAAUGAAUGAAUGGCAAUGGGAAUUAAAAGUUCUUUGGCGUUGGGAUGGGAAUGGCCCCUCGGUGUUAUAGGCUCUUGGUCGAUUUGGCGCAAGAAAUCUUUGUUUUAAUCCUUCAUACCCUCGUGGAUCUGCAAGCGGCCGAUUUGGUCCACUUUCGCCUGGGUCAGUUGCGCUUGACACAGGACUCAUGUAUUCUACAUUGAUGGUCCUCUUCAGAUAUAGAUAGGUCGCAGUAAUCAGUAGAGUAGAGAAUGGAAAGUUCUAACUUAGUAA